AUGAUCUACUUUUUCUGUCAUCGCUUUCCCUCAACAAUAGCCAUUGAAACAGGAAGAAAAGUGGCGAGAAAGAUGCCAGAAGAACCUCCGGCCACCCCCAUUCCGUCGACAGCCACUGUGGCUGUUUUGGAAAAUCACCAACAGUGGGAUGAGAACGAUCAAGAGGUAGACUCACCUAACCACCUACCAGGAGAUAUCUACUUCCCUGAUCCACCGGCUGUUGGAAUGCCGAUACUGAUUGAGGAUAAAGAGCCAGAGGAGGAUCCGGAAGAUAUGGAGCAGGAGCCUGAGGAGGAUCCUAACGAGGAUCCAGAGGAGAUUGGACAGGAGGCCAAAGAAGAAAAGUAA